AUGUCCUUGACGUCGGACAAUGAUAUUAUUUGGCCAUGGCAAUACAAGUUUCCGCCGUUCUUCACUCUUCAACCAAAUGCUGAGACCCGUCGCAAACAAAUAAAUGCGUGGUGUCAGUUAGUCCUUAAUUAUUUUCAAAGUAAAAAGCAAUUCUCACUGAGUGUUGCAAGUAUUCGUGAUCCCUCCUGUCCUCUCUUUAAUAACAAAAGUAUUCAGCGCUCAGCAAGCCCAGAAUUGAUCGACCUCAUUUUGACUGAAUUGCAUAAGCGUGGUAAUCUUGAGUGGGUUGACAGGUCUCAUACCAAUGCCAAGAUCAUAUGGCGGACUCCUGAAGAAUGGGCUGAUAUUAUAGCGAAGUGGGCCCGAUCCACUGGUCACGGAAAUUCAGUUUGCACAUUUUACGAGUUGACUGACGGUGACGAUACAAAGCAAGAAGCUUUUCAUGGUUUAGAUGUAUCUGUCUUAACAAAUGCAUUAACUGUCCUUCAAAAACGAGGUCAAGCUGAAAUAAUGGAAGAUGAAGGUGUAAAGUUUUACUGUUAGUCUGCUUUAUCUAUAGUCUCCAAGUAAACUUUACGACACAGUAAUAUAGUGGUUGUCUUUUUGGAAAACCCCUUUAUCUUCGAAGCGGGUAAUCUCAAGUUCAUGGGUUUAUUUUCACUUCCACCUAUGACAAAACUGAAAAUUGUUCUUUGAUUAUUCUAACCAUCGUACAUAAUGUUAAUGUGGAACUUUAUAUGAAUCCGAUUUUGAAGUGUGUUUUUUGUUGCACGAGGUUUCAAUAAUGAUCCAGUACCCAGUCUAAAGUGAAUUGUGAAUAAUUCUGUUGACUCUGUAGACUUUUACUUUAGCUUUCUUUGUAACUAGUAAUACUUCUUAAGUAUGGUUUUUAUUGAGUUUAACCUGUAUGUAAAUAUAUGUAAUAGGAAUGGGAAAUUCCAUUUCAUCAAUUUAA